ACAGACUUGAAUUGCGCACCACACUUGAACUCCGACGACACAACCAGGCGACAACCAUCUUAAUAUCCCACACAACAACCGUUUGUCAAAAUCGGCCAACAUGUCUAACGUCGAUAUUAAGCCGGCCGGGUGGAAGUUGGUCGAGGUCGGAAGAGUGGUCACCAUCCGCUCGGGACCUUAUGAGGGCAAACUUGCUACUAUUGUCGAGAUCAUCGACGCUGGCAGAAUCUUGAUCGACGGUCCCUCGACGAAAGAAGGCCAGGUUGUUCCUCGUCAACCCGUCGCCACGAGCGCUGUUUCCCUCACACCCUGGGUUAUCCCCAACCUGCCAAAGGCUGCCGGUAGCGGCGCCCUGAAGAAGCUCUGGGAGAAGUACGAGGUCGACAACAAGUGGGCUCAGUCAUCGUGGGCCAAGAAGAGAGAGCAACAAGACCGACGGAGAAACUUGACGGACUUUGAGCGUUUCAAGGUGAUGAGACUGAAGAAGCAGGCGCGCUUCGAGACCUUGAAGGCACAGGCCAAGAUCCGGGCCACGGCGAAGGCUUAAAUUCGGCAUUGAUACCAGGCGUCACAUACAUUCGGCCGUUUUCGAAGAUCAAUGGGAGGCAUGCGGGUUGUGGGCAUGUUGCGAAAACCCCAAUUUGUCAGGGGCACAUGACAAAAUCCCUCCGUGGCUGUGGCUACUUCCCUUUGCCCGCGCGGUUUCUUGCAGGACAUGACUUAAAUAAGAAUUCAUGAAUUGCGCAAACAAUCAUCUGAAAUGGCAGCAAUUGAGCGAGAACGCUUACCUGGCUGUCUGAAGGGCUCGUGGCGACAUUGGAGACUGGGUGCAGGAUAUCAACCGUGCUGCGUCGAACCUGCGAGGUACCCAUCCGCGAUUCUACUUUUCAACCACGGCAACAUUGUGUCCAUAUCAGAACUCCAUGGUCCGAAGACUUCGCCUGUGACAUUGAUUAUUCACGUUUCCUUUUAUCCCCUGCAUGAGCAGUCUAUCCCCUUACUCUCUUCAUUUCUCCUGUGCAUCCGAGACCUCAGACUUCAAUCCGCGCAAACACUGGUCGGCUCAGAAACCCUUCGAUUCCAGACCAGGAUAGCCUCAAGUGAU